UGCGCGUGGACGUGUACGUAUAAUCGUGGCCAAGCUAAAGUUUGUUUAUGCACAGUACGCUUGUUGCAUUCCGUUGUGCGUCGCCGGACGAGUUAAAACGCUCUCCGUUAGCCGGUGAAAUUAAAAAAAAAAAAGUUCAACGUGCGACAUCGCUCUAGAAACGAACCGCUAUCUCACGUCCGUCCGACGUUCAGAACGAUCAAAUAUAAAUCUGUUGACGUUCUCCUCGCCGACACGGUGAUCGUGCACCACAUCGAAUAAUAAAAUGUAGACAGUCAGAUAAAUUCCUCGCUGUUACUCCUAAUAAACCGUCACGCUUGUGCAGAUACAUGUACAGCAGUUGUAACAUGCGUAACAUGUGACCGAUAACUUCGCGACUAUAUUGAAAUCACCGGAGACCAUCACAGUACCGUUUCGACGCUCCGCGAGAAUCGAACGGGAGACAGCCCCGAUGAAACCGACGAAAUUUCGGAAUCUACAGGCCAUCGUAUCAAUUCGAAAUACAUCCUUGUGGAUCCAGGAUUAUUUCCCGGGAGAUUAUAGAAGGCGAAACGAGGUUCGCUAGACGAGACCGAGAAACAUCGUGAACGUUUGCAACAAGACGGGAGUGUGAGCUACCCUCAAAGAUAAUUCAUUGACAAACCAAUGUAUUCGAAAAUUGUUUAACAUUUCGAAACAAUUUCCAAGCCGAAGGCGUGCCGAAUUUUAGCAACGACAGAUUUUUCGUGUUGGAAAAAUGCGAUUUUGAAAUUCGUCCAAUCCAUCAAUUGGGAUCGGCUCGGUCCACGAUGUUCGCGUACGAUUGAUCUAUCGAAAUCAAAAAUCUCGUCGGAAGUUUCGAGGCACUGACAAGAUCGCACGUCUGGCAGUAGUCGAGAGAUCGUAUCAACAGGAACGAAGGAAGAACCGAGCCAUGGAUUUGAACGCGACGACGUCCGAUCAGUUCGUCUGUGAUCUAUCGUCCUUUCAUUCUCAUUAUUCCCAAUUACACGGAUGGAUCUCGCUGUUCGUUUGCAUCUUCGGCUCGAUCGCGAAUAUCCUGAACAUCCUCGUUCUAACCCGACGUGAGAUGCGAUCGCCGACGAAUAUCAUUCUGACGGGGCUGGCUGUGGCAGAUUUGCUCGUAAUGAUCGAUUACAUUCCUUACUCGUUCCACCUUUACCUGUAUCGUCGAUCACGGAGGGACACGUUCACCUACGGAUGGGCGAUUUUCGUGCUGUUCCAUUCGAACUUCGCACAGGUUUGCCAUACAAUUUCAAUUUGUUUAACUCUGAUACUGGCCGUUUGGAGAUACGUGGCGGUUGCGAAAAAAAACAGAGAAUGGUGCAGUUACAGAAGAACUAUUUUUGCGAUUUUGAUUACGUACGCUUUCUGCCCUGUGCUUUGCGUACCUUUAUACAUCACGACGGAAGUCAGAGAGAAAGUGGAGGUUCUGGAUUCAAACGGGAUGACAGUUAGCCAAACGGAGUCUCUUGGCGAUUCGUCUGUAGGGAAAACGGUGAACACGACCCUCUACUUCGUUCGAUUAACGGAAACAGGGAAAAACGCCGAUAUGCUGAAAGAAUUGAAUUUCUGGAUUUACAGUGUCGUGAUAAAACUUUUUCCCUGCUUCGUUUUGACCGUUGUCAUAUUGAAGCUUCUGCAAGUUCUGCUGGAGGCGAAGCGAAGAAGGCAAAAGCUAACGAACAUUCGCGAAGAGAAUUUCGAUCGGAAGAAGAGCUCUAGGAGGGUAGACAAGGAAAGGCAAACUGAUAGAACGAAAAUGAUGCUGCUGGCAGUUUUACUCCUGUUCCUGCUCACCGAACUACCGCAAGGGAUUCUGGGACUUUUCAGCGUGCUGUUGGGACAAGGAUUUUUCCGGACCUGUUACGUGAUGUUAGGUGACGUUAUCGAUAUGUUGACCCUGGUCAAUUCCGCUAUAAAUUUCAUCCUCUACUGCACAAUGAGCAGACAGUUCCGGAAAACGUUUAACGAGCUCUUUUGUAAGAACUGGAGGAUCACCCGGAACACGGGGAAACAAAUUCUUAUAGACAACAACGGACAUACAGGGACAAAUCACACGGUGACGCAAGUGACGCAAGUGUAGUUAGAAAGGAAAUGGUGGACGAUCCUUUGCCUACGUUUUCGUCCACCAGAAACACUGAAUCGUUAGGAAUUUGUUCCUUGAAUAACAAAUUUUAAGUAUUUAACAAUGUGUUAUCUCAUAACAUUCUUUCUGUUAGGCAUCCGAUACAAAACCAUAUAGGUAUUAAUUUUGUAAAAUAGUUAUUUUUACACAUAUAUCAAUAACGAAGUAAUUCUAAUGUUUUUUUUUAUUAACGUUUUUAGAAAAGGAAAUUUUUUUUUAUUUCGAAUUUAUCUCAUAAGGUAACCGUUACGAUAGCUGUAACAGUUGCACUGAUGUGUGGGUAGAUGGCGCCAAGGACGGACUUCUCGAAAAUAUUUAUCAAAUUUUAAUGAAUUUAGGAAUACCAUUGAAGAGAACACCACUGCCGUAUUGAAUUUAAGGGAGAAACAAAUCAUUUCUAUCGUUGCAACAAAGUAAUGUUCCAUCGAAAGAUAGGUGUAUGAAAUUAAAUACACUACCACGUAUUCCUAAAUGCAUCAAAAUUUAUAUACAGCGUGUUGAAAAAUAAUUUGUACACUCGAUUUUCUCGUGGUAACACACUGUAAAGAAAUAUUGCUUUAAUAGAGCCUAUAUCUUGAUUCUCUAAAAUCAGUAAGUCCGUUUGGAUACGGUAUAAUAUUGUACCAUUUAUAAAUAAUCGAAAAAAAUACAAAAAUCUCGUGAUCUAAAGUACCUUUACUGAUUAGAACAUUUAACAUGUUACAGAAAAGUAUCAAAGUUUAUCUACAAAUAUUAUGUCAUUAUUUGAAGAGAAUAUUAGUGCUUAAGUCAUGAGAUUACUAUGAGGAGAAAAAUGUGAUUUUUAUUCGAAUAGGCGGGAAAAGGUCAUACGAAAAAAAUCGGAACGCAGCAUUCUGCGAAAGAAGAUCUCAACUGCAUUACUUGAUAAUUAAAUAUGGUGGUGGCAUCGUUAUACAUUGGAAGAUCAGCAUUAAUCGAUGGCACGGUGAAUGUCAAAUGUUACAUUAAAUUGUUGCGCAAUAAUUUCUCCGAAAUCGUUGCCAAAUUAGAUACAAAAGGGCGAUAUUAUUUUUAAUAGAACAACGAGUUAAAAUGCACUGCCAAAGAAGAACAGCAUAUAUAUAUGUUGAAGAACAUAUUGCAUCGGCUUUGUCGUUGAAUUGUGGCAUAAAUUAGAUUUACGGAUCGAACAAAAAAGUGAUAUCUAAGAAAAGUUAUAUAAUUGCUUUUAAAUAGGACUGAUAAAAAAUUUGAUUUAAUAAGGCAUGAGAAAUUUACAGUGCUUAAUCUCGGUAAGGCUGUAAACAGUUACAGAGAUACAUACGUGGAAACUAUUAAAAUUCCACUAUAAAAAUCGUGAGUUUGAAAAUAUUUGACGAUCACAAGAUUUUGUCUAUUUUUCCAUUGUUUCUAAGUGAUGAAUCAGUAACACUAGCGUGUACAUGUUAUUUUUGUUGUGAUGUAACUAAGAAAUGCAAAUUGUAUUAACGCGUUAAUUCUUUACAUAAAGUUAUUACGAAUAGUACCAAGUGUGUAAAUAUUUUUUAAAACACUGUGCAUAUUGUUCAAUUUUGUUAUCGGUGCAAUACAUUUAUGGCGAGAUGAAGAGUUACAUGAAUGUAAAUACUACUUUUGCGAUAGCAUUUAAUUUCAUGGGAAAUGUACAAAUUGUAAAUAUUAAUAUUUCUACGGAAAACCAUAUUUGAUAAUAGUUGCUAAGUCGUAUCAUCUGUAUUUAGUAACAAAUGCUGAAAUAUUAUAAAUUAUAUACAGCAAC